UACGCACAACUUGUUUUAUUUCAUAAGAAAUAUGGCUGCUCUGAAAUAAAGUGUGUCAACACACCCCGGUCAUUUCACUCUUCGGAACACGGCUGACAAAUUGGUAGUAUAUCGCAGAUGUUUCAGAGAAAAGGAGGCCAGAAUUCUGUUGGUUGAAAAGUUGUUAUCAUUUGGUCAGAAGACUUUUUCAUUAUAAAUAAAACCGAAUAGAUCAUCAUCAAGUAAAUUCAACAAAAGAACAGUGAUUGCAAAAAGACAACAGCUUUCAUCAAUCUGAGCGGGACGCAUUCGCCAUGGAAGUUGGGCUGCGCGUAGUCCGUGGCCCAGACUGGAAAUGGACCAAUCAGGAUGACGGGGAGGGCCACGUCGGAACCGUUGUUGAAAUCGGUAAAGCUGGAAGCACAACAUCCCCGGACAAGACAGUCGUUGUUCAGUGGGACAGCGGGACCAGGACGAACUACAGGACCGGGUACCAGGGAGCCCAUGAUCUUGCACUAUAUGAUAAUGCUGUAGUAGGUGUCAAACACCCCAAUAUAAUCUGCGAUGCCUGCAAACGUCACGGCAUCAAAGGAAUGAGGUGGAAAUGUAUCGAUUGCCAUGACUACGACCUUUGUACAGUCUGCUACAUGAGCGACAAACACGAUUUGAGUCACUCCUUCAUGAGAUUUGUAUCGCAGAGUUCUAUAGGAGUGAGAGUCGCGAAGCGGCAGAAAUCAACCAAGAUUACUCUGAGAGGGUUAUUUCCGGGGGCAAAGGUCGUCAGGGGGCCAGACUGGGAUUGGGCCAAUCAGGACGGUGGAGAAGGUAAAAUGGGGAAGAUCACAGACAUCAGAGGCUGGGAUGUGGAGUCUGGUCGGAGUGUCGCCAACGUCUUGUGGUCAGGUGGGGGAACUAAUGUCUACAGGGUGGGCCACAAGGGCAAAGUAGACCUCAAGUACACUCAAGAUGCUAUCGGGGGAUAUUACUACAAGGAGAGUCUGCCAAAGUUAGGUGACAACCUAGAGACGCUACCGAUGCUAGAUGGGAAGGCUCUGAUGACGUUCAGCGUCGGUGAUAAGGUGAAGGUGAUUCUUGAGGAGGAGGUUCUGAAAGCCAUGCAAGAAGGACACGGAGGAUGGAAUCCCAAGAUGGCCGAGUACAUCGGCAAGUUGGGCUUCGUGCACAGAGUAACGGAACGAGGCGAUAUCCGAGUCCAGUACCCCACUAAGGAUAUCAGAUGGACCUUCCAUCCAGGAUCAUUGAACAAGGUGGAUGUGUUUGCUCAGGGUGACAAGGUACGAGUUAGCUCUGACAUCACAAAGGUAAAGAAACUACAAGCCGGCCACGGAGAAUGGAGCGACAAUAUGCAAGUAACUUUAGGCAAAACAGGAAAGAUUCUCAAAGUUUACCCAGAUGGGGAUCUGAGAAUCUCGAUCGAGGAUCAAGCCUGGACCUUUAAUCCCUCCUGCGUCACCCAAGUUGGGCCUCACGCUCCUGAUCUGAACAACACCCUCGUCUCGGAAAGAGAUGAGGAGCAAUCAGGUCAUCUUCGAUUGUUACUGGACCAAAUCAUCUCUCAUCCGCCAAACAGCGACGCCCCUGCCAAGUUAGUCAGUGAAGCGGCACAAGGCAAUAAAGCUGCAGUUGCUGAACUACUAGUCAAGCAUCCUGACUGGGUGAACUCCAAGAACUCUGGGAAGACUGCGUUGCAGGUAGCGAGCCACCAAGGUCAUCUAGAGGUCAUCAAAGUAUUGCUGAUGAACAAGGCCAGUCUGGAGAUACACGAUCAGGAAGGGGAUACUGCGCUGCAUUACGCUGUCUUCGGAAAUAAGCCGGAUGUAGCCGAAUACCUCUUGAAGAAGAAAGCCAAGAUCGACGCUGUCAACAACGGCCAGUGCAGCAGUCUCCAUGUGGCAGUCAAUAAGAGCUUCACUGCCUGUGUACGAGUGCUACUCAGGCACAAAUGCAACACUAACCUACAGGAUUCGUACGGUGACACUGCCUUACACGAUGCAAUAGCCAAGAAUUGUAAAGAUAUAAUAGAUAUGCUGGUAGAGGCCAGCGGAGCACUUUUCACGCUAAAGAAUCAACGAGGCUUCAAUGUACUACACCACGCUGCCUUAAAAGGAAACCACUAUGCAACUGAGAAGCUAGUCACGCGAGCUAGACAGCUAGUCAACGUGAAGAAGGACGAUGGCUUCUCGGCCCUCCAUCUGUCCGCGCUGAACGGCCACAGGGAUGUUGCAGAUGUCCUUAUUACAAAGGGUCAGGCGGAUAUUGACAUUCAGAAUAGCCGGAAGCAGACACCCUUACUCCUCUCGGUGGGUCAGGGUCACACCAACGUCAUUGAGCUGCUCGUCUCCAGGGGAGCGGGCGUCAACGCAGUCGAUGAGGACGGAGAUACUUGUCUACAUCUUGCCUUGAUGAGGCAGAGUGUCUAUGCAACCGCCGACAGUACUCCAAUUCUGUCCAAGAUCCGUUCUUCCUUACCGCCAAGCAACAACAACAUUGGCACAGGGACAGCAGUUGCCUGUUACCUAACAAUAGAGGGCACUAACCUGAAUCAGAGGAAUACUCAGGGCAAGACGCCUUUGUUUCUUGCCGCAGCUCUUGAAAUGGACAGCCUCCUACAGCAAUGUGCAGAUCUCAGACAACAAAGGCUACGGGAGUCGUCAAAAGAACGCAACUCUCAACCUUCCACUAAACAAAAAUCCCAGCGUAGCCAGGCGCCCAUCGCUCCUGUCACUUCUUCAUCUGGGGACAAUGCAGCCAGCAAGGUACCAGACCCCAAGGCUAGCGCCCAGACUGACGGUGGCAACCUCCGUGCCAUUAUGACGCAGUGCCAGUUGUGUCAGAUGCCAGCCAACUGUCGCUUCAAACCCUGUGGGCACCAGGUUGUCUGUACGGACUGUGCUAAGCUGUUUCAGAAAUGCUCCAUAUGCAAGGUUGAUCUUGAGGUAUCCGUGACAGAGGUUGAGAGAGUAGACGGGGUCACAAAGUGUUCCAAGUGUAACUCUAGAAGUGCAGAUAUCACCUUUCGGCCUUGUGGACACAAGGUUGUCUGCACAGAGUGCUCAGUGAGCAUUAAAGAAUGUACUGUUUGCCGCCGAACCAUUGAAGAAAAGCUAGGAAAAGACGGACAUCAAGUCACUCCAAGAGGGGUGACUGCCGCUGUGGCGCCCGCCGGUACUCAGAAGGGAACCCCGCCUCUGAAGACCAAACGCAAAGGUGCUUCAUCUGAUUCAGCGAUACCCUCCUCAUCCUCGCUUCCUUCCUCCAGCAAGGAGAUCCAGGAACUGAGGCAGAAGAUGCAGGAGCUUGAGGAGGCCCAGCUGUGUAACAUCUGCAUGGAGAAGAAGAAGGACACAGCGUUUCUCUGCGGACACAGCACGUGUAAGAAAUGUUCCAAAACCCUCAAGCAUUGCCCUAUCUGCCGGAAAGCCAUCACGAAGAAGAUUGCACUGUUUUCAGGAUAAACAAAAGAAUAAGCUAGGGUCAAUUUCACAAAGAGUUAGGACUAGGCGUAACUUAGGA